AUGUCAUUUGGCCUCAAGAAUGCUGGGAUGACCUACCAGCGCUUGGUGAAUAAGAUGUUCGCUAACCAAAUUGGCAAGACUAUGGAGGUAUACAUCAACGACAUGCUCGUCAAGUCAAAGGUCGUCGAAAGCCACAUUGAGCAUCUGGGGGAAAUGUUUAACAUCCUCAGAAGAUACCGAGUGAAGCUCAAUCCUUUAAAAUGUGCUUUUGGAGUGAGCUCGGGGAAAUUCUUAGGCUUCCUCAUAAACCAACGGGGUGUAGAAGCCAACCCCGAGAAGAUUCAAGCUUUGCUCGAUAUGAAAAGCCUGACCAGCAUAAGGGACAGAGCGGGGCUCUUGCUCGAAAGUCUAGAGGAAAACCUGAUCAGAGCUGCAAUAAGGUUCGGGUUUGCCGUCGCCAACAACGAGGCUGAAUACGAUGCGUUGCUCGUAGGGAUCCGUCUCACUAAGAAAAUGGGGGCAGAUUCCAUUAAGAUUUAUAGUGAUUCACAGCUUGUAGUCCACCAAAUUAUCGGAGAAUACCAGCCAAAGGAAGACAUGAUGGCGUCUUACCUCCAAUUAGUGGAAAUCGAGCUCAAGCAGUUCCAAUCCUUCACAAUCCUUCAGAUCCAAGGGGAGAAGAACUCGGUAGCAGAUGCUUUAGCCUGCUUAGCCUCUGCAAUGAACCAAGAGAAAGCUGAUUCUAUCCCAGUUAAGUUCCUCCCAAGACUAAGCAUCUCCGCUCCAUAA